GCCUCCCUCCUCCCCGCCUGCAAAACUUCUCCGGCCAGGGCGCGGCCGCCACGCAGGAAGGACCCGAGCUGGCUGGGCCCUGACUCACGACAGCGGUCACGGCUCUGUCAUCAGACUGCCUAGGUUCAAAUCCCAGUUCUUCCUCUUCCUGCCGUGGGACUUCCUUGGACAAUGACUCUUCUCAGGUGAAAAAUGAGGAUAAAAACUUGUCCUCCUGGGAGACUGAACGUGGCUGACUGUUCGAUGGUGUCGGGAGUUGUUAGCUCUGUUGCGGGGGAUGGUGGUGUUGUGGUCACGUGUGGAAAAUGCCUUUAUCUUUCAGAGAGGGACUCAGAAAGAUUUGGAUGUGGAAUGACAUAAUGUCUGCCAUUUAUCUUCAUUUUAGACAAAAAAAAAAGUAGAUAUCGCUCUUAUGAACAAGAUUUUGUGGUUAUGUGGAGAAAUUGUUCUUUUUUUUUAAGAUCCUCACUGAAGUAUUUAUGGGUGGAUGCCAUCAAUGUCUGCCGUAUUUACUUUAAAAAUACUUCAGCAGAAAACAAAGGCAAAACAACCAACUAUAUUAAUUAUACCACAUUCACAAGUAGAUGAGGGGCUCUUUUGCCAUUCUUUUUACACUUCCAUUGUUCCUAAAAAUGUCCAAUAUGUAAAAAUAAUAAUAAAGGAAUAUAGGAUGCAGAGGAUAAAAUAAGUCUUCCGUUUUAUGAUGCAUCUGGCCAGCAAGAGCAAUUGAACAUGGAAAAAGGCCCAGAAUAGAGUCAGGCCCACAUGGAGGGAUCAACAAAUUCCUGGUACAUUUGCCAAGGACCCACUUUGUGCCACUCCCCCCGCCUCCAGGAGCUGGGGACACAGCAAGAAACAAAGCAAAGUCCCCACCGUUGUGCUGACAGUGGGCUGGGUUUGUGAUCUAAACUUUCAUGGUCUGAGACUAGGCAAAAUGGGGAAACCAGGCACGUCUUGGAGGAGAUGAGAGGGUGCAAGUGUGAUGUGAGCUGUGUUUAGUGGGGCAGUCUAUGGAGAUUCCAUAAGCAUGGAGGAAGGAAGUCAGGUAAAUGUGUAGGGAAAGCUUUCCUGGGACAUGGAACAGCCUUUACAAAGGGCUUGAGGUGGGAAUGUGUUGAAUGACUUCUAGGAACUGCAGGGAGGUCAGUGUGACUCAUACAGAAGAUGAUGCAUAAGGAAUAGCUCCUCCUACAACAAUGAUUUUACUACUUUCAUUCUUACUAAUCUGUUGAAACCUUAAGCUAAUCAUUUUCAGAUAAGGUGAGAAAAGUCUCAAAGAAGUCUUCUUGGUGUGGCACAAAUGUUUGACUCUGGGAGGCGGCCUCAGAUUGUGAGGGUUUGAGUUCCAGUGACUCACCGAUUCUGUAUUCCAAGCUCCUUAUCUGGAAAGUAGAGAUUGUAAGUUUCUCUUUCCCAGGUCGGAUACUCUGGAGGGAGAAAAGAAUGUACCUCUGACUUCUUCCACAGUGCCUGGGGCAUAGUACGUGCUCAGUAAAAUGGUAGCUGUGGUGAUCAUUGUUUUGAACCCAACUCUGGCUCUUCAUUUUCACUUCCUGGCAUGACAAGGGGGUUGGGGUUGUGUUCUGGAGUCUGAAGUUAGCAGUUGUCAAGCAGAUGGCUGCUGGGGCGGAUCACUCCCUGGUUGGGUCACCCAGAGCCAACACAGUCCUCUGAGCUGAACCUCCAAUUCCUCAUCUGGAACCCAGAUGAGCCCCUUUGGAGUUUGCUGUGACGCCUGAACAAGAUGCAAAUGAGGGUGAAGUCGUAACCCCAGAACUCAGAACACAGCCAUAUUUGGAAAUAACGUUGUUGCAGAUGCAACUAGUUAAGGUGAGGUCAUACUGGGAUGAGGUGGGCUACUCAUCCACCGUGACUGGUGUCCUGGUAAGAAGGUGGCCGUGUGAUGACAGAAACCCAGAGAGAAGGCUGGAAUGACAAAGGCAGAGACUGGAGUCAUGCAACUGCAAGCCAAGGAUGCCAAAGUCACUGGCAGCCUCCCACAAGCCGGGAAGAAGCCGGAGGACUCCCCUCCAGGGUCUGCAGGGAGCACAGUCCUGCAGACUUGACACGCUGAAUCUGGGACUUCUACUCCAGGCUGAUAGUUUGUAAUGCCAAGCGAUGGGAAGAUGCCUGGCCCUACAAGAGAUGCGUGUCUUCAGCGGAAAAAAGAAAGAGGAAACGCUUUAUGUAACUCAGGUUACAUCACAGGUCUUGUUUGUGCAGUGCAGGGCUGCUUACCCAGCCCCAGUGCGGACAGAUAACCUCCCAGGACACUGGCUUCUCGUCACAAAACUGCCUCGAGCUGCUUCCUUCUGCUCCGAGGACUCGCUCUUCCUUCCCAUCUUUCCCAAGUGGAGGGCUCUGGGUCUGCCUGCGAAGGGGUUGAGCUAAGUCCCUAAGCUUCUUACGGUCACGGCACCCAUCAAGGAAAGUGGUUCCCGCUCCCAGGCUCCUAUCUCUCCCUCAGGGGACCUCCAAGACCUGUCCAGCCUGCUCCUCGCCAUCCCACUGCAGGAACAUCACCUGUCCUUCGGCCCAGGACUCCUGCCUGUUCAGCCAGAUGCAGCUGGAAAAUGGGACUGUGGUGGAGAAUGGGUCUUGCGUGGCCCCUGGGCAGUGCCGGGAAGGCAUCAGCACCCUGACCUAUGCCCCCAACUCCAAGCUCUGGGUCAGCACCACCUGCUGUGCAAACAGCUGCGGCAUCACUGAUCCACGACAAGAGCCAGGGCCCAAGGCCAACCAUGUGACGUGUCAAUAUUGUUCUGGGAAUAAAUCAGCCCCGUGUGACUCCCUUUCGGUCAUGAACUGCACUGGGAACCAGACCAAGUGUGUCACCCUCAAUGGGACAUGGAGUGGAGCGGGUCCUCAAAUCCUGAAGGGCUGUGCUACACCAGACGUCUGCCACCUGCAGGUGAAUGACACUCUGGGCCCAAAGAAGUCUGGAUUCCGCCUCAUCUCCAAGCCCGAUUGCAAGCCCCAGGCUCCUCCCACAAAACCAGGCCCCCACGCAGCUGUGAUCCACACCAACCCGAAGGCCACCAUCUGUUUCACCUGCUCAGACCUCCACCGCUGUGAUCCUCUCCCCUGUCCGGAGGACAGGAACUACUGCCUUAGGACAGCAGGCAUCGCCGCCCUUGGGGAUGGAAAUUCCGUCUCCUGGAGAAAUGGCUCCUGUGUGGCCUCCACGGACUGCAAAUUGAACAACUCCACCUCUGCCUUGACCUAUGGCCUCGGCCUUGGCUUCUGGGUCAACACCACCUGCUGCCAGGGCGACUGCCAGAAACCCACUCAGCUCGCAGCUCUGCCAGCCUUGAGCAAGUACCUGUGUCCUACAUGCCUGAAGAGCCAGCUCGGGUCCUGCAGCUCCUCCUUCUACAUGCAGUGUCCCCGUGGGGAGACCCAGUGUGUCCAGCUGGACCUGACAUCAGAUGAAGGCCGCCGGAACGUGAGCGUGCGCGGCUGCGGCACCCGAGAUCUGUGCAGCGCCCCGGCCGUGCGCGAGCGGCUCCUGGAGCUCCCGGCCCUUCCCGAGCUCCGCGGCCUGCCUCCGCCUGGCCCUGCCCUUGCUGGCGGUGGCCCUGGGGGCCGCGACGCUCUGCUGAGGACUCGCGCCCGGCCCGCCCUGGCCCACGACGGCUGUCCCGGGCUCGCCUCUGCGGGCCACGCCUGCGCCUCGAAGCGGCUGGAGAUGGAACCGGGAAGCAGGGGCGAGCCUGCCCUCGCAGACUACGGCUUCCCGAAGCCAGGCCAAACCUCAGACCCGGCUUCCCCAAGGCCACGCCCGCUUCCUGGUGGCAGGGUCCCCAAGGGCUGGACCUGCGCCCAGCAAGCUCUGCCUUCCCCUCCCGGGCCAGGGCCACCCACUCCACACCGAGGCCAGGCCUCUGCCGCACUAGGGCUACACCUCCACCCUCAGACAAGAGGCCCCUCCAGCCAAACCUCCCUCACCCUGCGCUGUUCUGUUCUUUGUUAGAUUGAAAAUGCCCACAUUCUCCUUCAGAUCAGGGCGCCCCAAAAGCUAAGCUUACCUCCUCAAAGUAGGGAACCCCCAACGUUAGACUAAAUGCCCUCAAAUUUUGGGAAGCAAAGUGCUCCUUUGUCUCCCUCUUCAGGUAAAGUCCCGGCAGCCAAGGUGGGGCUUGAGGACCCAGCACACCCACACCUGAGGCUUUGAGAUCAGCCCGUGUCAGUCCUGUCUGGGCUGGGAUGGGCAGGGGGCUGAGUGGGGUGCGGAGUCCCCCUCCUGUCAGGUUCCCUCUCCCAGCAGUAACCAAAUCUGAAUAAACUGCGUCUC